AACGUGGAGUAACGUUAUGCCCUGUUUGUUUUUUCCCCAUGAGUGUACCCCUACACACACGCCAUUGCGAAGGUGCACGUGCGAAGCAGCCCGGCAAAGUGAAAUCAGCAAAACAGAUCCACACGUUCGAGGUGAUACAGGGGCAAGCACCCCGGUGUGCCCCCGCACCAAACGACGCACCCCUCCCCCCCGAAGGAUGCAACUGACGCAGGUGUUAAGCGGACUUUGGAGGCAGUCCAUCGUCCGAAGCGCAGACAACAGCGGAGUUAUCAAAGCGUGCAUAAUAGGUAUUGGGAAAAACAAGUGGGGCACGGGGAAAAUAGGAGACCGCAUCCGGGUUUCCAUACGAGACAAAACAAACGAUUGCACCAUUCAGGAAAAAACUCCCAAGGGAAUCAUCGUUCGGAGGAAAAAAGAAACUAAGAGGAAAGACGGUAGUUACAUCAAAUUCGAUGACAAUGCCUUUGUCAUUAUUUCGAAGAACAAACUUAAGGCUACCAAGAUAAAGGGCCCCGUUGCUAUGGAGACGAGGCAUAACUGCAAAAACCUCGCCAGGUAUAUUUUCUAACUGCAAGCAUGGAAUGGGGGAGGGCACUGUUAGUGCUGCUGGACUGACAGACCACACAAGGGGGGGGGGGACCCCUCCUCCCAUUCAUUACGCAGCUGCAG